AGAUGUUCCAGCAGCGGCAGACACCAACAGAAUUUUCACAGAUGGACGAUGUAGUUUCAAUUUGUAGGGAGAUCAGUUCGAAUAUCAUUUCCACAGACAAGAAUGUUCCUAUUUCAAAAAUGAUUAUUCAUAAAAUCUUCAAGAAUCCCCACAUCGAUUUGUGCUCCAUCCUCCCACCUCUAAUACAACAACAUUAUCCAGAUUCUCCUUAUUGUCACAUCCAAUCACUGAUAAACUCAAAUUCAGUUUUCUUCGAAACCGUCCUGGAGGAUGAUCAGCUUUGUACUGAACUUUGGGACAGUAUUCUACAUCAAUGCGAAGUGUCAACUGCGCCAACUGAGCCUGCAAAAGAUUCAAUUCUGUUCUCAGCAGUUUCUCAAUAUGUCACAAGAAUUCUUCCAUGCGAUGAGACGGCACCUUCUUCGAUGUCAGUCCCAAGAUCUCCAAAAAUCACCCAUCAAACUAUUCGGACGCCACUUCAGCUCUUUCGUGCCGAUUCGCCCCUUGUUAAUCGAGUUAGCAUUGAAGAACGGAGUCAAAUGAUGUCAGUCUCUACCGUCAGUUUCCAACCACGCCUCGUCCAGAAUUUCUGCAAUUUUGUAACAAAGUCUUGCACGACUGCCCAGUUUACGAAUGCAAACAAAUUGCUUUUAAUUCGAUAUCUCCUGAAACAAUUCCACGUGUUCUGUCAGUUCAGCACAGGCGAUCCGGAAGUUGAUAACUGGAAGUUGGAUUUGAUGGCUUCUGCUCCUUUCAGAUUUUCGCUUUACGAUUUCUUUAAAAGCUCCGUAACUCAAGUGCCUACAACCAUAGUUUUUAGAGAUAUAACAAUGUGCUGGCUUACUUAUUGCCGUCCUUGGCGUUAUCACAACAUGUCAAAUCCGUCGGAUUUCGCUCCAGCGGCCAAAUAUCGUCAGUUCUUUGAGAAAAACGUGGAAUUCUAUGAAGUGAUACUUGGCAAGAUUCUCAAACGAUUCUCGGCAUUUGAAAUGUGCGAGGAGCUUCUUGGAUCACUGCGAGCUAUCAUAGAAUUUGCAUGGAAAGAGCCACAAACACUUCUGCUCCGUCAUAUCCAACUAGACAUUCAACCACAUUCUCUUGAACUGUUGAAACAAAUGCAAGUGGUUGUUAGAAUGCAUCGGAGUGCGAUUCAGAAAGAACAAGAUGAACACUCAGGAUUCUGGAACUCUUUAUUCUAUAGUGGUGAUUCGGCUAGAACACAGUCCAGUCGAAGACUUGUUAGCGAAUUGUUAACACUAAUGAAAGACAGCGAUUCUUAUGUUGGAACUCAUUUUAUGCCGGAAAUGGAAGAUUCUGUAUUGGCAAAUAGAACAGGGAAUGAAACUUUUCAUAAGGAAAAAUUAUACACAUCACUUUUGAACGAAACACCAAAAUCUGGUCUUGGAAUACCUGAUCAUUUUGUUGAUGGACCAUCAAAUCAUAUGCUGUUAACACCAAUCGGACAACGACAAGUUUUGAAUAGAGAAAAACGUUUUGACUACUCCAAUUGCAUUAAAGAUGAUCCAAAAGCUCCAACAAGAAGCUACGAACUUGGGAUUGCUGUUAAAUUGACGACUUCUUUGGCUCAGAAGCUCAACGAACUUUCAUUUGUUCAGAAAAUUGGAGAUCAUUAUUCACAACAAAGUGUAAUUGGUGCAAUUGCUCGUAAAGUAAUGUAUCCACCGGUGCCAAAUCUAGAUCCGAAUGCAACAGUUCCAGCGUAUUCAGCAAGAAUUAUACGAUCACCUCCUUUGCUUCGUUUACGGUAUUUUGCCAGCUACCAGUCAAUUUUCUUCAUGAUAUGGCUACUAUUCGCUCUGAAAUACGGAUUAACUUUUACAAUUGUCUCUCUGAUUCUCAUCGCACUCUCGGUCACUGUACUCUUGUUCAUUGAGCUCGAUUCCGGGUCUUCAUCAUCUUACUGACACUUGUUUGUGAUUUCUCUGCUCCACCACUGUCAUCAUCUCGUCUGUUUUUUUUUGUUUUCUGUCUGAAUUUUAAUCAAAUCUUUUUAAUUUAUUUUUUUCUUCUAAUCAAAUUCUAGUUCGUUUCUUUUUUCAUGGAGUAAACAUUCAAUCAU